AUGGCGUCUGUCAACACGCCGGCUAAUCCAAAGACGCGUGCGACCUCACACUGGGGGCCUGGCUACAUUCUCACCAUCCCUCAUACAAUCAUAUCUCCCCUCAUACGUCGGGACGCACCCGGCCACGUAUGGGGUCUGUCAACACGCCGGCUAAUCCAAAGACGCGUGCGACCUCACACUGGGCCUGGCUAUAUUCUCACCAGCCCUGGCCUGGCUACAUUCUCACCAGCCAUCAGACAAUCAUAUCUCCCCUCAUACGUCGGGACGCACCCGGCCACGUAUGGGGUCUGUCAACACGCCGGCUAA